AUGACAUGUGUGACCUCGGUUAGAUACUCUGUAAAUUUCAAUGGAGCUAUCUUGGAUUCGUUUGCACCAUCGCGUGGUCUUCGGCAAAGUGAUCCAGUAUCCCCUUAUUUGUUCCUAUUUGUUGCUGAUGGCCUCUCUGCACUUAUCAAUCAGAGCAUUGAGGAUGAAAGGCGCGACGUGAAUCUCCCGAACUCCCAACCGGUGCAUACUAAAAAAACCCGUCCCCCAUCUCCCACGCGCCGCCUGAUCUCCACCUCCAGUUGCCACUCGCCGCCGCGACCCCCGCCCUCCUGCAGCACCGCGGCCCCCGCUGCCCUACGCUGCGGCCACACCAGGAACCAGGGCCGUCGCCGCCCCCCACCAGCAUCCCGCGCCGCCGCCAGCCACCAACAACUCGCGCCGCCGCCCUCCCCAUGCUACUGCCGAACUCACCGCUCCACGCCCCAACCGCCGCCCCUAUCGUCCGUCCGACCGCGACCACCUGCACACCGCUGCCCCGACCACCUGCGCGUCGCUGCCCGCCGCCGGCCUGGAUCCUUGCGCACCGCCGGCCCCGACCACCUGGGCGCUGCCGCGGCGCCGCUCAUCUCCCUGUACACCGUCGGCCUUGACCAGUUGCGCGCCGCCGCAACACCAAGAUCCAAGUUGGAGGUCCACUACAUGUCCAUCUCCCGUGCUCCUCCCCCCGAGCCUCUUCCCGAAUCACCAGACGUCGCAUGAAGUUCUACAACAACCAUACGCCAAGUCCUACUACGACUAUGCACUUUUCUUCGAGGUGGUUUGUGUUCCUUGCUGCUGCUGGAUACUGGACGUGUGUGCUUGUGGGCUUGCUGGACGUGUGUUGGCUAGCUUGAGGCUCUAGAGAGCAGAACAAAGUUGACCUUCCAUGCCAAGAAUUCAAAUAUGUUCUACUAUUUGUCAUUCAUCUACAUUAGUUCAUAGUCCUACAUGUAUGGUUUUCGUUUGCUGAAUCUACACAAGCCAUGCUGAGUAUUCUUGCUACAAUAUUGCUAAUUC